GGAGAAUCUGCUUCAGAAACCCUGUAGUACUCCUUCCUCGGGACAACGGACGGCUCCGGGAUCAAGGUCAGCGUUUCAGGGUCGCCCGCCAUGCCGACGGCCAUCAGUGCGUCUGUCGCCCCACGGACAGGGGCUGAGCCCCGGUCCCCAGGGCCAAUCCCCCACCCAGCCCAGGGCAAGGCCACCGAGGCCGGGGGUGGAAACCCAAGCGGCAUCUAUUCGGCCAUCAUCAGCCGCAACUUCCCCAUUAUCGGAGUGAAAGAGAAGACAUUUCAGCAGCUUCACAAGAAGUGUCUGGAAAAGAAGGUUCUGUACGUGGACCCCGAGUUCCCCCCGGAUGAGACCUCGCUCUUUUACAGCCAGAAGUUCCCCAUCCAGUUCGUCUGGAAGAGGCCUCCGGAAAUUUGUGAGAACCCUCGAUUUAUCAUUGGUGGAGCCAACAGAACCGACAUCUGUCAAGGAGACCUAGGGGACUGCUGGUUUCUCGCUGCCAUCGCCUGCCUGACCCUGAACGAGCGACUGCUUUUCCGCGUCAUCCCCCACGAUCAGAGUUUCACCGAAAACUACGCAGGGAUCUUCCACUUCCAGUUCUGGCGCUAUGGAGACUGGGUCGACGUGGUCAUUGACGACUGCCUGCCAACGUACAACAAUCAACUGGUUUUCACCAAAUCCAACCACCGCAAUGAGUUCUGGAGCGCUCUGCUGGAGAAGGCUUAUGCUAAGCUCCACGGCUCCUACGAGGCUCUGAAAGGCGGGAACACCACUGAGGCCAUGGAGGACUUCACAGGAGGGGUGACAGAGUUUUUCGAGAUCAAGGAUGCUCCGCGGGACAUGUACAAGAUCAUGAGGAAAGCCAUCGAGAGAGGCUCCCUCAUGGGCUGCUCCAUCGAUGAUGGCACGAACAUGACCUAUGGAACCUCUCCUUCUGGUCUGAACAUGGGGGAGUUGAUUGCGCGGAUGGUGAGGAAUAUGGAUAACUCGCUGCUCAGGGACUCAGACCUCAUCCCCCGAGCCUCAGAGGACAGCCCGACCCGGACCAUUGUUCCAGUCCAGUAUGAGACGAGAAUGGCCUGUGGGCUGGUCAAAGGGCAUGCCUACUCCGUCACUGGGCUGGAGGAGACCCUGUUCAAAGGCGAGAAGGUGAAGCUGGUGCGGCUGCGGAACCCCUGGGGCCAGGUGGAGUGGAACGGCUCUUGGAGUGACGGCUGGAAGGACUGGAGCUUUGUGGACAAAGACGAGAAGGCGCGCCUCCAGCACCAGGUCACCGAGGACGGCGAGUUCUGGAUGUCCUACGACGACUUCGUCUUCCAUUUCACAAAGCUGGAGAUCUGCAACCUCACGGCCGACGCCCUGGAGUCAGACAAGCUGCAGACCUGGACGGUGUCCGUGAACGAGGGCCGCUGGGUGAGGGGCUGCUCCGCCGGGGGCUGCCGCAACUUCCCAGACACUUUCUGGACCAACCCCCAGUACCGGCUGAAGCUCCUAGAGGAGGACGAUGACCCCGACGACUCCGAGGUGAUCUGCAGCUUCCUGGUGGCCCUGAUGCAGAAGAACCGGCGGAAGGACCGGAAGCUGGGGGCUAACCUCUUCACCAUCGGCUUCGCCAUCUACGAGGUUCCCAAAGAGAUGCACGGGAACAAGCAGCACCUGCAGAAGGACUUCUUCCUGUACAACGCCUCCAAGGCCAGGAGCAAGACCUACAUCAACAUGCGGGAGGUGUCCCAGCGCUUCCGCCUGCCCCCCAGCGAGUACGUCAUCGUGCCCUCCACCUACGAGCCCCACCAGGAGGGGGAGUUCAUCCUGCGGGUCUUCUCGGAGAAGAGGAACCUUUCUGAGGAAGUUGAAAACACAAUCUCCGUGGAUCGCCCAGUGCCCAUCAUCUUCGUUUCAGACAGAGCAAACAGCAACAAGGAGCUGGGUGUGGACCAGGAGUCAGAGGGCAAAGACAAAACAAGCCCUGAUAAGCAAGAGAAAUCCCCACAGCCACUCCCCGGCAACACUGACCAGGAAAGUGAGGAGCAGCAGCAGUUCCGGAACAUCUUCAAGCAGAUAGCAGGCGACGACAUGGAGAUCUGUGCAGACGAGCUCAAGAACGUCCUUAACACAGUGGUGCACAAACAUCAGGACCUGAAGACGCAAGGCUUCACGCUCGAGUCCUGCCGCAGCAUGAUCGCUCUCAUGGAUACCGAUGGUUCUGGAAGGCUGAACCUGCAAGAGUUCCACCACCUGUGGAAGAAGAUCAAGGCCUGGCAGAAAAUCUUCAAGCGCUAUGACACGGACCAUUCUGGCACCAUCAACAGCUAUGAGAUGCGAAAUGCUGUCAAAGACGCAGGGUUCCACCUCAACAGCCAGCUCUACGACAUCAUCACCAUGCGCUACGCGGACAAGCACAUGAACAUCGACUUCGACAGCUUCAUCUGCUGCUUCAUCCGGCUGGAGGGCAUGUUCAGAGCUUUCCACGCAUUCGACAAGGACGGAGAUGGUGUCAUCAAACUCAACGUGCUGGAGUGGCUACAGCUCACCAUGUAUGCCUGAACCAGGCUGGCCUCCAGCACGGCCAUGCAAGAUCACUCAGGAUUUAAACUGCACCUAGUUAGAGCCACUUACCUCAAAGGACCCAGCAGCUGCAGCUCCAUCACGCCUCCAGGUGCCUCUCGUUGGUCUUGUUCUUCCUCCACUUUACUCCGUACUCAGCCUUGGCCUGUCACACCCAGCCUGAGCCUAUAGGAAGCAGUGACUUUGGGAGAACAACUCUGUCCCUUUGCCACAUGGACGCAGUGUGUGCCUCCGCCGGUUGCAGCAUGGCUGAGGGCCAGCUCUGACUCUGAGCUGCCUCCGCUCUGAAGCAAAUGCACCCUGGAGCUUGCCCAGGGCUGCCUGCAGAAGCACCUGCCACUGCCCCUCAGCACUGUGUCCUGCCGCAGCCCUCCAAGCUCCCCAGCUGUGGGUCAGUGACCAAGUGAGCAGCACUUGGUUCGGAUCACUUUAGGAUAGGCCUGCCCGGGGUAAACUACCGCGGUGGAAGAGGGCCAGAUACUCAGGUUCUCUGACUCCUAAGGUUGGCUGCAUUCUGAAAACAGUUGAUCUAAAUAAAGGCACGUGUAUGGCUGGUUCCACUGUGUUCUGUUUUCUCAAACCAGCCUUGGCUCAACCUGUCACCCAUAAAAAGCCCUAGGCGCAGAACAAAAUGGAAAGGCACAAAAGCAAAACCCCAAGCCCCACUUUGAUCGUGCCUGUUCAUGAGCAUAGGAAUCGCUCUUUCCCCAUUAAACAUAAGGAAGAGAGAGAACAGUGGGCAGUGUACACAACACCCAUAUUAAAUGGGUCACCCAUAAUUUGUGGAGCCAGUUACCAGAGUGAAAUGGAGCAGAGAUGCUGUUUUGAGUCCUGGCUUCUCUGCACACCAACUGACCUGUUAUAUGUUGGACAAACCCCUGAGUGCAGCUGUUUGCCAAACUUGUUUGCCAAACUUGUUUCAAC